CACCGGAUUCCGUCGCGAGAGGAAGGAGCUCGACGCCGCAGCACAUUUCGCAGCGGCUUUUCUCGCGGUGAACCAUGGAUCCUGGUGAGGAAGAUGCAGGAGGGGGCGGCCUGGAGACGGUUGUUGCCGUCGCCGAGGUGCCGCACGUCACCAGAUACCUUCUGCGUAUCACCUCAGUCAUGCUGGAAGAUGAUGACGACCCAUCGACAGAACUGCAGUCGGCCUUCAAUAAUCCCCAUAACAUUGAGAUGAUCCGUAAAUUUGUCACAGAUCCUCAGACAAAAUCGGUUCUCAUUCAGAGAUGUGCAACCAAAGAAGAGACCGAGGAAGGUGGAGAAGUAGAGGAGGAAAAGGAUGUGGUUUAUCUCAUCAGCGUUGGGGUACAAUUCACAUCCAUCAAAAUGAACAGUAUUCUAUGCAUCAAACGAGGUGGUGUCGUCGAAGCUGACAAGACCAUCUCCUCACAGCUGAGAACAUUGAAUCUCAGUGAUGGUUCCCCCUACGAGACACUUCAUUCAUACAUUGCAAAUGCUGUUGCACCUUAUUUUAAAUCUUACGUCAAAGAGUCAGGAAAGAUCGAGAGGGAUGGUGAUAAGAUGGCUCCCUCAGUUGAGAAGAAGAUUGCAGAGCUUGAAAUGGGCUUGCUACAUCUGCAACAAAACAUUGAUAUACCAGAUAUUUCAUUGCCUAUACAUCCAACUGUUGCUCAGGUGAUUAAGAAGUGUGCUGAUGAAGGGACCCGCCCAAAAGUAGCUGACUUUGGGGACAGGGUUGAGGACUCAAACUUCCUCAAUCAGUUGCAGAAUGGUGUUGCAAGGUGGAUCAGAGAAAUUCAGAAAGUGACCAAGCUCGAUAGAGAUCCAUCCAGUGGCACAGCCCUACAGGAGAUUAGCUUCUGGCUGAACUUGGAGCGUGCCCUCCUCAAGAUUCAGGACAAAAGGGAAAGUCUUGAAGUUGCUUUGACUCUGGAUGUCCUGAAGCACGGGAAGCGCUUCCAUGCCACAGUCUCUUUUGACACUGACACAGGUUUGAAGCAGGCCCUGGCCACAGUGAAUGACUAUGCUCCUCUCAUGAAGGACUUCCCUCUGAAUGACCUUCUGGCUGCCACCGAGCUCGAGAAAAUCCGAUCUGCAGUCCAGGCAAUUUUCAACCACUUGCGUAAGAUAAGGUCCACCAAAUACCCAAUCCAGAGGGCUCUUCGACUUGUUGAGGCCAUAUCCAGAGAUCUGUCUUCUCAGAUCUUAAAGGUACUUGGAACUCGUCGUUUAAUGCACAUUGCCUUCGAAGAGUUUGAGAAAGUUAUGAGUCAGUGCUUUGAUGUGUUCAUCACUUGGGAUGAUGAAUAUGAGAAACUGCAGGGUCUUCUAAGAGACAUUGUGAAGAAGAAGAGAGACGAACAGCUGAAGAUGGUGUGGCGUGUGUCCCCAGCCCACAAGAAACUCCAACUGCGCAUGGAACAGAUGCGCAAGUUCCGCCGUCAGCAUGAACAGCUGCGGACAGUCAUCGUGCGAGUUCUGCGUCCCUCUGUGGUGAAGACAACCACUCUAGCUGAUGGAGACACUGCAGAGCUCAAGCCUGAAAUGGAUGCAGCAGAUUUGAAUGCCAUUGAGGAGGUGAAUCUAGCCUAUGAGAAUGUAAAAGAGGUUGAUGGGCUGGACAUCAGCAAGGAAGGUACAGAAAUGUGGGAGGCAGCAUUGAAGCGCUAUGAUGAGCGUAUUGAUCGAGUUGAGACUCGCAUUACAGCAAGGCUGAGAGAUCAACUAGGAACUGCAAAGAAUGCCAAUGAAAUGUUCCGUAUCUUCUCGCGUUUCAAUGCUCUGUUUGUUCGUCCUCAUAUACGAGGAGCUAUCAGGGAGUAUCAGACGCAGUUGAUACAAAGGGUGAAGGAUGACAUUGAGAGCCUUCACGAAAAGUUCAAGGUCCAGUAUCCGCAAAGUAAGUGUUGCAGGAUGAGCCACGUCCGUGACCUGCCACCUGUCUCUGGCUCCAUCAUUUGGGCAAAGCAGAUUGACCGCCAACUCACUGCUUACAUGAGGAGGGUAGAAGAUGUCCUGGGCAAAGGUUGGGAGAGCCAUGUUGAAGGGCAGAAGCUGAAGGGGGAUGGAGACUCCUUCCGACUCAAGCUCAACACCCAGGAGAUAUUCGAUGACUGGGCCAGGAAGGUUCAACAGCGCAACCUGGGUGUAUCAGGGCGUAUCUUUGCAAUUGAAAUGCAUCGAUCCAGAACGGGAAAAGGUAAUGAGUAUAAGCUGAAGGUCAACUUCCUACCUGAAAUUAUUACUCUCUCAAAGGAGGUGAGGAAUCUGAAGAACUUAGGGUUCAGGGUACCACUGGCUAUCGUUAACAAAGCCCACCAAGCAAAUCAGCUCUACCCAUUUGCCAUCUCUCUCAUUGAGAGUGUCCGCACCUACGAAAGAACCCUGGAGAAGCUGUUGUCGCGGGGUGGACCACACAGCCCUGCCGUCAAAGCGUCCCUGUUGAUGGAGGACAAAACCAACAUCUUGCUCCUGGUAGCAGGAAUGAGAAAAGAGGUUCAGGGACUUCUAUCUGAGGGUAUGUCACUUGUCUGGGAGUCAUACAAGCUGGACCCCUAUGUUCAGCGCCUGGCAGAAUGCGUCUUCACAUUCCAGGAAAAGGUGGACGAUUUGUUAGUGUUAGAAGAACAGCUGGAUGUGGACGUCCGGUCCCUUGACGUGUGUCAAUAUGCACACUCAACCUUUGCAGAGAUUCUUAACAAGAUCCAGAAAGCUGUUGAUGAUCUGUCACUUCACCAGUACUCCAACCUUCACAUCUGGGUGCAGAGGCUUGAUGAGCAGGUUGAGAAGAAGCUGGCUGGUCGUCUGCAAGCAGGGAUGCAAGCUUGGACUGCAGCUUUGCAAGGACAGAAGGAUGAAGAUAUUGAUAUUCCAAUGGACACAGACACACCCGACAAGCCUAUCCAUAAACCAGGCGGAGAUCCCAAGAUCACGCAAGUGGUGCAAGAGGUACGCAUCACCAACCAGACCAUGUACAUGCAUCCCACCAUUGAGGAGGCACGCUACCAGAUCAUGCAGCAGUUCUUCAGCUGGCAGGCCAUCGUCACGUCACAGAACCGCAUCCAGAGCACACGCUACCAGGUUGGCCUAGAUCGCCCAACCACCCAGGUGUACCGCAACUUGCUGAUCAAACUCCCAGAUGAGCAUUCAUACAUCAAAUCAGCCUAUGCUGCAGUGGAUGCUGUUGUAGAUGAAGUCUCAAACUACGUGAAGGAGUGGCUUCAGUACCAGGCCUUGUGGGAUCUUCAGCCAGACCAUCUCUAUGGACAGCUGGGAGAUGAUGUGGCAAAGUGGAUGAAACUUCUCCAAGAUAUCAAGCAGUGUCGCACAACCUUUGACACUUCUGAAACCCGACGUGGUUUUGGCCCCAUUGUGGUGGACUACACCAAGGUUCAGAGCAAGGUGUCAUUGAAGUAUGACUCGUGGCACAAGGAUGUCCUGAGCAAGUUUGGCCAGUUGCUGGGUCAGGAGAUGACACACUUCCAUGCACAGGUUUCCAAGAGCCGCAGUGAGCUGGAGCAACAGAGCAUUGAUGCUGCCAGCACCUCUGAUGCAGUGACACUCAUUACCUAUGUGCAGUCACUCAAACGCAAGAUGAAAUCUUGGGAGAAGCAUGUAGAUAUGUACAAGGAGGGCCAGCGCAUCCUGGAGCGCCAGAGGUUCCAGUUCCCUAACCAGUGGCUUCAUGUGGACAACAUUGAAGGUGAAUGGGGUGCUUUCAAUGAAAUCAUCCGCCGCAAGGAUUCAAGCAUCCAGACCCAGGUUGCAUCACUGCAGCUCAAGAUUGUUGCUGAGGACAAAGCAGUAGAGUCACGCACCAAUGACUUCCUGCAAGACUGGGAGCACGGAAAGCCCGUUGAAGGACACAUCCGUCCUGAUGAGGCUCUCCAGCGCUUGCAGAUGUAUGAGAGCAAAUUCACAAGGUUGAAGGAUGACCGUGACAAUGUAGCCAAGGCCAAGGAGGCCCUGGAGCUGCAAGAGCCUGGUGCACUGAACACCUCAGAGGACAGAAUGACUGUUGCAUAUGAAGAGCUACAAGACCUGAAGGGAGUAUGGGCAGAACUGGCAAAGAUCUGGGAGCAGAUUGAUGAGAUGAAGGAGAAACCGUGGCUGUCUGUCCAACCAAGGAAGCUCCGAGCUCAGCUAGACCAGCUGCUGACACAACUGAAGGACCUCCCAGCUCGCCUACGCCAGUAUGCCAGUUACGAGUAUGUGAAGAGGCUACUGCAGAGCUACACCAAGGUCAACAUGACAAUUGUGGAGCUCAAGAGUGAUGCCCUUAAGGAACGUCACUGGAAGACCUUGAUGAAACAGCUGCAUGUGAACUGGGUCCUCAGCGACCUCACCCUCGGACAGGUCUGGGACAUUGACCUAAUGAAGAAUGAGGCCAUCAUCAAGAAUGUGAUCAUCACUGCACAGGGAGAAAUGGCCCUGGAAGAGUUCUUGAAGCAGGUGCGUGAGUCAUGGCAGAGCUAUGAGCUUGACCUCAUCAACUACCAGAACAAGUGCAAGCUGAUCCGUGGCUGGGAUGACCUGUUCAACAAAGUCAAGGAGCACAUCAAUUCAGUGGCAGCCAUGAAACUGUCCCCCUACUACAGGGAGUUUGAGGAAGAGGCUUUGACCUGGGAAGAGAAGCUCAACCGCAUCAACUCCCUCUUCGAUGUGUGGAUCGAUGUCCAGCGUAGGUGGGUGUACCUUGAGGGCAUCUUCUCUGGAUCAUCAGACAUCAAGGCACUCCUGCCUGUGGAGACAUCAAGGUUCAGCAGCAUCAGCACUGAAUUCUUGAAUCUAAUGAAGAAGGUGAGCAAGUCUCCCAUGGUGAUGGAUGUAUUGAACAUCCAGGGUGUGCAGAGGUCCCUGGAACGUUUGGCUGAUCUACUGGGCAAGAUUCAGAAGGCCCUUGGAGAGUACUUGGAGCGAGAGAGAUCAUCCUUCCCCAGGUUCUACUUUGUGGGAGAUGAAGAUCUGCUGGAAAUCAUUGGUAACAGCAAGAACAUCCCUCGCUUGCAGAAGCACUUCAAGAAAAUGUUUGCUGGUGUCACUGCCAUCAUCUUGGAUGAGAAUGAGACCAUUGUCAUGGGUAUUGCAUCCCGUGAGGGAGAAGUGGUAAACUUCAACAAGCCUGUAUCUACAGUUGAGAAUCCAAAGAUCAAUGAAUGGCUGAAACAGGUAGAGCAUGAGAUGCGCAUGACCCUGGCUCAGAAUCUGGCUGCAGCUGUUGCAGAUAUCAAGCAGUUCAAACAUGGACCCAUUGACACCCAGUCAUACCUUCAGUGGUGUGACAAGUAUCAGGCACAGCUGGUUGUGUUGGCUGCACAGAUCUCCUGGAGUGAGGAGGUUGAAGCUGCACUCGCUACUGCUGCCAAUGGUGACUCCUCAGCACUGCAACAAGUGCUCGUUCAGGUGGAAGCAACACUGACUGUGCUUGCUGACUCUGUUCUCCAAGAACAGCCACCACUUCGUAGGAAGAAGUUGGAACAUCUGAUCAAUGAGUUUGUACACAAGAGAACUGUGACAAGGAACCUAAUCAAGAACAAGGUGUCAAACCCUAAGUCCUUUGAUUGGCUGUGUCAGAUGCGCUUCUACUUUGACCCUAAGCAGAAUGAUCCUCUGAAGCAGCUCAGCAUCCACAUGGCCAAUGCCAAAUUCAACUAUGGAUUUGAGUAUCUGGGUGUUCAGGACAAGCUGGUGCAGACACCACUGACCGAUCGCUGCUACCUCACCAUGACUCAGGCUUUGGAGGCCAGGCUUGGAGGAUCACCAUUCGGUCCUGCUGGUACUGGAAAGACGGAGUCGGUGAAGGCUCUGGGUAACCAACUUGGCCGGUUUGUCUUGGUCUUCAACUGUGACGAGACCUUUGACUUCCAGGCCAUGGGCCGUAUCUUUGUAGGCCUCUGCCAGGUUGGAGCCUGGGGUUGCUUCGAUGAGUUCAAUCGUUUGGAGGAGAGGAUGUUGUCUGCUGUGUCACAGCAAGUGCAAACUAUUCAGGAAGCACUUAAAGAACAGGCUGGAGCUAAGAGUGGCCAGCAGGUGUUAACAGUGGAGUUGGUAGGCAAACAAGUGAAGGUCUCGACAGACAUGGCCAUCUUCAUCACCAUGAAUCCUGGCUAUGCUGGGCGAUCCAACCUUCCUGACAACCUUAAGAAACUGUUCCGUUCCCUUGCCAUGACCAAGCCAGACAGGCAGCUCAUUGCUGAGGUUAUGUUGUUCAGUCAGGGCUUCAGGUCAGCAGAGAAGCUUGCCAGCAAGAUUGUGCCAUUCUUCAAGUUGUGUGACGAACAGCUGUCCAACCAGUCUCACUAUGACUUUGGUCUCCGAGCCCUGAAGUCUGUGCUGGUGUCUGCCGGUAAUGUGAAGCGUGACAGGAUCCAGAGGCUAAAGGAAGAAAUGAGGAGCCGUGAAGAAGAGAACAUUGAUGAAGGAACUAUUGCCGAGAAUCUUCCAGAACAAGAGAUCCUGAUCCAGAGUGUGUGCGAGACCAUGGUUCCCAAGCUGGUGGCCGAAGACAUUCCUCUCCUGUUCUCCCUUCUGUCUGAUGUGUUCCCUGGCAUUGAGUACACCCGAGCCCAGAUGACUGGCCUGAAGGAGGAGAUCAGGAAGGUGUGUCGGGAGCAGUUCUUCGUGUGUGGCGAAGGAGAGGAACAAGGAGCCCAAUGGAUGGAGAAGGGGAGUAUACCUGGGGAGGGCUGGUGCGAGAAGGUCCUCCAGCUGUACCAGAUCAGCAACCUGAACCACGGCCUGAUGAUGGUGGGUCCCAGUGGCUCUGGCAAGUCCACUGCCUGGCGUGUCCUGCUCAAGGCCCUGGAGCGCUUUGAGGGCAUUGAAGGCGUAGCACAUGUCAUUGAUCCCAAGGCCAUGAGCAAGGAAGCACUGUAUGGUGUACUAGAUCCUAACACCCGCGAAUGGACAGAUGGUCUGUUCACACACAUUCUCAGGAAGAUCAUUGACAAUGUGCGAGGGGAGAUCAGCAAGAGGCAAUGGAUUAUCUUUGAUGGUGAUGUAGACCCAGAAUGGGUAGAGAACCUCAACUCUGUCCUCGAUGACAACAAACUGCUGACACUGCCCAAUGGUGAACGUUUGUCCAUCCCACCAAAUGUCAGGAUCAUGUUUGAGGUACAAGACCUCAAGUAUGCAACCCUUGCCACUGUUUCUCGCUGCGGUAUGGUUUGGUUCUCGGAGGAUGUUCUGUCAGUUGAGAUGAUCUUUGAGAAUUUCCUCUCUCGUCUGUCCAACAUCCCAGUGGAAGAGACAGAGGAAGAUGCUGGUUUCAUGAGGAAAUCAGACAAGAAAAAGAACGAUGAAAUCACACCAACAUUGCAGGUGCAGCGAGAUGUUGCCGCUAUCAUAGCUCCUCACCUGAGCACUGACGGACUGGUUGUGAAGUGUCUGGAGUAUGCAACCACCCAUCUGGAGCACGUCAUGGACUUCACUCGCAUGCGUGCCCUCUCCUCUCUCUUUGCCCUGCUUAACCAGGCAGUUCGGAAUGUGGUGCAGUACAACAAUACCCACCCUGAUUUCCCCAUGCAGUCGGAUCAGCUGGAGAGAUACAUCCCCAAGGCCCUGAUCCACUCCCUCUUGUGGAGCUUCGCUGGAGAUGGCAAGCUCAAGGCUCGCUGUGACAUGGGAGACUUUAUCCGUAACUGUACAACCAUCCCUCUGCCACCCAACGCCAACACCCCAAUCAUUGACUAUGAGGUGGCCAUCAGUGGCGAGUGGCUCCUGUGGUCGAACAAGGUGCCCAGCAUGGAGGUAGAGACUCACAAGGUAGCAGCUCCUGAUGUGGUGGUGCCUACAGUUGACACUGUAAGGCAUGAGGCUCUGCUGUACACCUGGCUGGCUGAACACAAACCACUGGUCCUGUGCGGUCCACCAGGUUCGGGUAAGACCAUGACCCUCUUCUCAGCCCUGAGAGCUCUUCCUGACCUAGAAGUUGUCGGCCUUAACUUCUCCAGCGCCACAACACCAGAGUUGGUUCUCAAGACCUUUGAUCAUUACUGUGAGUACAGGAAGACCCCCAACGGCAUCAUCUUGUCUCCAGUCCAGCUUGGAAAAUGGCUGGUAGUGUUCUGUGAUGAAAUCAACUUGCCCGACAUGGACAAGUAUGGAACACAGCGAGUCAUCAGUUUCUUGCGUCAAAUGGUGGAACAUGGUGGUUUCUACAGAAUCGCAGAUCAAGCCUGGGUUAAGCUGGAACGUAUCCAAUUUGUUGGAGCUUGUAACCCUCCCACUGAUCCUGGACGAAAGCCCCUGUCUCACCGAUUCCUGCGCCAUGUACCCAUUGUGUACGUGGACUACCCUGGAGAGACUUCACUCAAGCAGAUCUAUGGUACCUUCAACAGGGCCAUGUUGAGAAUCAUCCCAUCACUCAGAUCAUAUGCUGAUCCACUGACCAAUGCCAUGGUGGAGUUCUAUCUGCAAUCUCAGGAGUACUUCACACAGGACAUGCAACCUCACUAUGUCUACUCCCCAAGAGAAAUGACCCGUUGGGUUAGGGGUAUCUGUGAAGCUAUCAGGCCCUUGGAAACUUUGGAUGUGGAGGGCUUGGUGCGACUUUGGGCUCAUGAAGCCUUGCGGUUGUUCCAUGAUCGCUUGGUCAAUGAUGAAGAGCGCAAGUGGACCAACGAAAAUGUGGAUGCUACUGCCCUGAAGCAUUUCCCCAACAUCACCCGCGAUGUAGCCCUGGUUCGCCCCAUCUUGUAUUCCAACUGGCUGUCCAAAGACUAUCUGCCAGUGGAUCAGGAAGAACUCAGAGACUAUGUCAAGGCUAGGUUGAAGGUCUUCUACGAAGAGGAAUUGGAUGUGCCCCUGGUACUUUUCAAUGAGGUGUUGGAUCACGUCUUGCGUAUUGACAGGAUCUUCCGCCAGCCACAAGGUCACUUGCUACUGAUUGGAGCAUCAGGAGCUGGCAAGACCACCCUUUCACGCUUUGUUGCAUGGAUGAAUGGACUGUCAAUUUUCCAGAUCAAGGUCCACAACAAAUACACAGCAGAUGAUUUCGAUGAAGAUCUCCGUUCAGUCUUGAGGCGUUCUGGAUGUAAGGAUGAGAAGAUCUGCUUCAUCCUGGAUGAGUCUAAUGUAUUGGAUUCUUCCUUCCUGGAGAGAAUGAACACCCUGCUUGCUAAUGGUGAGGUUCCUGGCCUGUUUGAGGGAGAUGAGUACACAACUCUGAUGACUCAAUGCAAGGAAGGCAGCCAGAGGGCAGGUCUCAUGCUCGACUCAAGCGAAGAACUCUACAAGUGGUUCACUGGUCAGGUCAUGCGCAAUCUGCACGUUGUGUUCACCAUGAACCCAUCUGCAGAUGGUCUGAAGGAUCGUGCUGCCACAUCUCCUGCCUUGUUCAACAGGUGUGUACUCAACUGGUUCGGAGAUUGGUCCAACGGGGCAUUGUUCCAGGUGGGCAAGGAGUUCACCAAUCGUAUCGACCUGGACAAAAUGAAUUGGAGCCCACCAGACUACUUCCCAGUGGCUUAUGAAUGUCUGCCUGUACCCCCAACACAUCGUGAUGCCAUCAUCAAUGCCUUUGUGCAUGUCCAUCAGACGCUCCAUCGUGCAAAUGCCCGUUUGGCGAAGCGAGGCAGCACUGUCAUGGCAAUCACACCAAGGCAUUACCUGGACUUUAUCAACCACUUUGUCAAACUGUACAAUGAGAAGCGCUCUGAACUGGAAGAACAGCAGCUCCAUCUCAAUGUUGGUUUAGGCAAGAUUGCAGAAACUGUAGAACAGGUUGAGCAUAUGCAGAAGUCUCUAGCAAUCAAGAACCAGGAGCUGCAGGCAAAGAAUGAAGCUGCCAACUUGAAACUCAAACAGAUGGUGAAGGACCAACAGGAAGCUGAGAAGCAAAAGGUUGCCAGCCAGGAACUUCAGGAACAGUUGGAGGCCCAGACUGAGCGCAUCAGCAUCAAGCGUGAGGAGGUAAUGAAGGACUUGUCCAAGGUAGAGCCUGCUGUGCAAGAGGCCCAGAGUGCUGUGAAGAGCAUCAAGAAACAACAUCUGGUAGAAGUGAGAUCCAUGGCUAACCCACCACCCAUGGUCAAACUGGCCUUGGAGUCCAUUUGUCUGCUCUUGGGUGAGGCAACCUCUGACUGGAAGACCAUUAAGUCCAUUAUCAUGAAGGACAACUUCAUCAACACUGUUGUCAACUUCAACACCGAUGACAUGCCUGAUGACAUCAGAGAGAAAAUGAGGAAUAAGUACAUCAGCAACCCUGACUACAACUUCGAGAAGGUUAACCGUGCUUCGCUGGCUUGUGGUCCCAUGGUGAAGUGGGCCAUUGCACAGAUUGAAUUUGCAGACAUGUUGAAGAGAGUAGAGCCUCUGAGGAAUGAGUUGCAAAGCCUGCAGGACCAGGCUUCUGAGAACAAGAAGAAACAUGAGGAUGUGAAGACCCUCAUCAACCGCCUGGAACGUUCAAUUGCAGCCUACAAGGACGAAUAUGCUGUACUCAUUUCACAGGCACAGGCAAUCAAGACCGACUUGGAGAAUGUCCAGGCCAAGGUAGACAGGUCAAUGGCUCUGAUCAGGAACCUCAGCAUUGAAAAGGAUCGGUGGGCUGCCACUUCAGACACCUUCAAGUACCAGAUGUCUACCAUCAUUGGUGAUGUGUUGCUGUCUUCAGCCUUCCUUGCCUAUGGUGGUUACUUUGACCAACAGUUCCGUCAGAACCUCUUCACUAACUGGUGUCAUCACCUGCAGCAGGCCAAUGUACAGUUCAGAGGAGACAUUGCUCGCACAGAGUACCUGUCCAAUCCAGAUGAGAGGCUGAGAUGGCAGGCAAAUGCUCUCCCGGCUGAUGAGCUGUGCACAGAAAAUGCCAUUAUGCUUAAUAGAUUCAACAGAUAUCCAUUGAUCAUUGAUCCAUCUGGUCAGGCCACAGAAUUCAUCAUGAAUGAAUUCAAAGACAAGAAGAUCACCAAGACAAGCUUUUUGGACGACUCCUUCAGGAAGAACUUGGAGUCGGCCCUUCGAUUUGGUAACCCGCUCUUGGUGCAGGAUGUCGAGAAUUAUGAUCCCAUCCUCAACCCUGUCCUCAACCGUGAGCUGCGCAGGACUGGUGGCCGUGUGCUGAUCACACUUGGAGACCAGGACAUUGAUUUGUCACCAGCCUUUACCAUCUUCCUGUCGACUCGUGACCCAACUGUAGAGUUCCCACCAGACAUCUGUUCUCGUGUUACAUUCGUGAACUUCACUGUGACAAGGUCCUCUCUCCAGUCGCAGUGCCUCAACCAGGUGCUCAAGGCUGAACGUCCUGACAUCGAUGACAAGAGAUCCAACUUGCUGAAGCUGCAGGGAGAAUUCCAGUUGAGGUUGCGACAGCUGGAGAAAAACCUGUUGCAGGUCCUGAAUGAUUCUAAGGGCCAAAUUCUGGAUGAUGAUUCUGUCAUCACUACUCUGGAAACUCUGAAGAAGGAAGCUGCGGAUAUUUCCCUAAAGGUCCAAGAAACUGACAAGACUAUGCAUGAGAUCGAAAUGGUGUCACAGCAGUAUUUGCCACUCUCUUCGGCAUGUUCGAGUAUCUACUUCACGCUGGAUGCCCUCCACCAAGUACACUUCCUCUAUCAGUAUUCUCUACACUUCUUCUUGGAUGUCUUUACUGAUGUCCUCAGCAACAACCCCAACAUCAAAGACCAUACAGACUAUACUCGCAGACUGUCUAUCAUUACCAAUGAUUUGUUCCAGCUUACCUAUCAACGCGUGUCAAGAGGCAUGCUCCACACAGAUAGACUCAGCUUUGCAUUGCUCCUUGCACGUAUUCGCCUUCGUGGUGUUUCUUCUGAGUCCACCUACGACACAGAGUUCCAAUACCUCCUCAAGAGCAAGGAAGGUCUCUUCAAUUCCAGCACUUCUGCCAUUGCUGGCCUCACCCCAGAGCAGACUGAUUCAAUGCUAAGGCUUAGUAAUAAAAUCCGAGCCUUCAGCAACGUGGAUAGGUUUGUUGGAACACAGGACUUCUCGACCUGGAUGGAGGCUGAUGCUCCUGAGCUCAAUGUUCCAACUAUCUGGGAGACUGAGAAACAGCUUUCCCCAGUAGGCCUUACUGUGUACCAGAUGUUGGCUGUACAGGCCUUCAGACCUGAUCGACUCUAUGCGGCUGCUAACAACUUUGUGAGCAGUGUGCUAGGAGACAGCUUCUUGGCCAUCGGAGAAAGAGAGGUGGACCUGACCAAGAUCGUAGAAAUGGAAGUGAAGGCCAACACCCCAGUCCUCAUGUGUGCUCUACAAGGCUUUGACGCUUCAGCACGAGUGGAUGACCUGGCUGCUGAGUUGAACAAGCCCAUGACCGCCAUUGCUAUUGGUUCUGCUGAGGGCUUCAGCCAAGCUGAAAAGGCCAUCAAUUCUGCUGUGAAGAAUGGCAGGUGGGUGAUGUUGAAGAACGUGCACUUGGCCCCAGGUUGGUUAGUGCAGCUGGAGAAGAAGUUGCACUCUUUGCAUCCUCAUCCACAGUUCAGGCUGUUCCUCACCAUGGAGAUCACUCCACGCCUACCUGUGAACCUUCUGCGUGCUGGUCGUGUGUUUGUCUUUGAACCUCCACCGGGUAUCCGAGCUAACCUAAUGAGGACGUUCAGCACGGUACCAGCAUCUCGCAUGAUGCGUGCCCCAAGUGAGAGGGCUCGCCUCUACUUCCUCCUGGCUUGGUUCCAUGCCAUCACUCAAGAGCGACUGCGUUACGCACCGCUGGGUUGGGCUAAGUACUACGAGUUCAAUGAGUCAGAUUUGAGAGUGGCAUGCGACACUCUUGAUACUUGGAUUGAGGCUACAGCUAUGGGUCGCACAAACCUCCCACCAGAAAAGGUACCAUGGGAUGCCCUGGCAACGCUGAUGUCUCAGUGCAUCUACGGAGGCAAGAUCGACAACGAGUUUGAUCAGCGUCUCCUCACCUCUUUCCUCUCCAAGCUGUUCACACCCAAGAGCUUUGAUCCUGAUUUUGCUCUGGUCAACAAUGUUGAUGGCAAGGAUGGCCAGAUCACAAUGCCUGAUGGUAUCAGGAGAGAUCAGUUCCUUCACUGGGUUGAAUCUCUUAGCGACCGCCAGACACCAACCUGGCUUGGACUGCCCAACAACGCUGAGAAGGUCUUGCUUACCAACAAAGGAACUGAUAUGUUGGGUAAGCUGUUGAAGAUGCAGGUUCUGGAGGAUGAUGAUGAGCUGGCAUAUGGAGGAGAUGAGUCUCCUGGCACUGAGAGGAGGGAAGUUGAGGGACGUCCAUCUUGGAUGAUUACACUGAACCAGUCUGCUGUUACUUGGCUAUCACUGCUGCCAGAACUGGUUAUCACUCUGCGCCGCACAGUGGACAACAUCAAGGAUCCUCUUUAUCGCUACUUUGAACGUGAAGUUAAUUCAGGAGCUAAGCUUCUGCGCAUUGUCAGGAAUGAUCUUAAUGAUGUCAUUCUUAUCUGCAAGGGUGAGAAGAAACAGACCAACUACCACCGAACAAUGGUUAGCCUCCUCGUGAAGGGCAUCAUCCCUGAUCAGUGGAAACUGUACACUGUACCUCGAGGAGCCACAGUGAGCCAGUGGGUGACUGACUUUGCACAGAGAGUCAAGCAGCUGCAAGAUAUCUCUCAACAAGUGGCACAGUUUGGUGCAGUGGAACUAAAGAAUGUGACCGUAUGGCUUGGAGGUCUCUUCAAUCCAGAAGCUUACAUCACAGCCACAAGGCAGUGUGUAGCUCAGGCCAACUCCUGGUCUUUGGAGGAACUGACAUUGGAAGUAUCCAUUGCCGAUUCUGAGGGUCAGGUCACAGCUGCAGGCGGAUUCAAUAUCAAGGGCUUGAAACUGCAAGGUGCCCUGUGCAAGAAGAAUGAACUAUUACUCACACCAACAAUCAUGACAGAGCUGGCAAUGGUCACCCUCCAGUGGGUACACCUGGAGAGUACUGAAACAGACAAGAUCACCCUGCCUGUUUACCUGAAUGCCACACGAACAGACCUGCUGUUUACAGUUGACUUGACAAUGGCACCCAACCAGAGCACCCACAGCUUCUAUGAACGUGGUGUGGCACUUCUGACUUCAACUAGUCUCAACUAAUUCUGCAGAUUUUGGGUUUUAAUGUUUUAAUUAUGCAAAAGAUUUCAACACAUUCCUGAGAAUUCUUCUGUGUACUGAUUUUUAAUUAAUUGGAAGAUGCAUAACCAAAGAAUAAAAGGCUAAUAUAA